UGGUGGGGGUUAUUGAGAAUUCUGGGAGCCAUCUCAAGAGGCAGAGAGCAGAGGAGAGCAGUGCAGAGAUCUUCCUCCAGAGUAACCAAACCCUAGAAAAUGGCUAGAGGGUUGAAGAAGCAUUUGAAGAGGCUCAAUGCACCGAAGCAUUGGAUGCUAGACAAGCUUGGAGGUGCAUUUGCUCCAAAGCCUUCAUCUGGACCUCACAAAUCCAGGGAAUGCCUGCCAUUGAUCCUCAUUUUACGGAACAGAUUGAAGUAUGCUCUCACAUACCGUGAGGUCAUUGCCAUCUUGAUGCAACGACAUAUUUUUGUUGAUGGAAAAGUUAGGACAGAUAAAACAUAUCCCUCUGGUUUCAUGGAUGUUGUCUCAAUUCCAAAGACAAAUGAGAACUUCCGUCUUCUUUAUGACACCAAGGGCCGGUUCCGACUCCACUCAGUUAGGGAUGAAGAGGCAAAGUUUAAGCUCUGCAAGGUCCGUUCUGUCCAGUUUGGGCAGAAGGGCAUCCCAUACUUAAACACCUAUGAUGGGCGGACCAUUCGCUACCCAGACCCAUUGAUCAAGGCCAAUGACACUAUCAAGCUUGACCUAGAGAGCAACAAGAUCACCGACUUCAUCAAAUUUGAUGUUGGGAAUGUUGUCAUGGUGACUGGUGGAAGGAACAGGGGCCGUGUUGGAGUCAUCAAGAACAGGGAGAAGCACAAGGGAACCUUUGAGACCAUCCACAUUCAGGAUGCCACUGGGCAUGAAUUUGCAACUCGUUUGGGCAAUGUGUUCAUCAUUGGCAAGGGGACAAAGCCUUGGGUAUCUCUUCCUAAGGGUAAGGGUAUCAAGCUGUCUAUCAUUGAAGAGGCCAAGAAGAGGCUUGCAGCCCAAGCAGCAUCCAGCGCUUGAACCAUGCUGGCAAAAAUAUCAUUCAAUAUAUAGUAUUGAAGACUUCGACUAGAUGAUAGUAUUGGAGGUCCAUCCACUUUUGGAAUUAUGCCAAAAAUUUUGCUUUGGGUUCUUCCCUUUCUCAGAACUGAUAGUUAUGUUUAAGUGCAUUGUUGCUUGGCUAAAUUCUCUCAAUUCUCCUUUGUCUUUGAAAUUUCUGGUUGUUGCCUUUGGAGGAGU